GGCCUUUCCUGUCUCUUCCCUUCCUCACCAGUUCCUCAACUCUCAAACCAUCUGCGCAACACUCAUCACGACCCACAUUGCACCUUGCCCUGCCGAUGACUACAACCAACUGGAACCAGCAACAAUCACUCGGAACCAACAAAGCUGCUAUUAUACUGCCACAUUAGUUGAGCUUGGUUGUCUCCAAGCCUUGUCACUGAAAAUCCCCCAGCUUGUGAUGCUGCCCAGUCGAUUCACUCCUGGAUGCCUUCAAUGCCAUCAAGAGUUCCAGAUCAAGGCCUAGUAGGGACCGCGUGUGGUGGUGGGCAAUUAUCCGGUUAGAAACAACCGUUACGUAUUGCGUGUAUAAUUGCCUAGUAGUAGCUUAGUUGGCUUUUCCGAACCGGUUGUCGCCGGUUUAUUCCCUGGUGUAGUAGCUAGUGCCAGUUUCUGUCACCUCUACACUAGAAACAGCCUACACAGAGAUUAUGUCUAGCUCCACUGAUGCCAGUUCAUCGCCCAUCAACAUCCGGUUCCGUCUAGCACCCGGGCUAGGCGAUGUUGGAACCGACAUCACACUUAGAGUUACAGAUCCUGAGAAAGAGACACUUGCAGAACUGAAAGCUCAACUGGCAUCCCGCGUCAAUGUACCAUUGGACGAGAUCCGCCUAGUUUAUGCUGGCCGCGUGCUCAAGGACGAUGAAGAAUCAGUAUCGUCGCUCGGAUUGAAAGAUGGAAUCACAGUUCAUGCUACAAAAUUAGCCAGAAAUCGUGCUGCGGAAGAAGCAAGUACUGCGGCGGCAGCCGGUCAUAACGUUCCAGGAGCAGGAGGCGCGGCUCGUAAUGCUUUUGGACUUCCAGAUAUGAGCGCCUUGUUAGAAAAUCCUUUUGUCCGAAGUAUGUUGGAGAAUCCAGAAUUUAUGCGUACCAUGUUGGAGAACGACCCAAGGAUUGCACGCUUAGCUGAGUCGAAUCCCUCUCUUCGCCAAACGCUGAAUGAUCCUCGGUUCCUAAGAGAGAUGCUCGACACUAUGAGGAACCCUGCAUUGAGCCAGGAAAUGAUGAGAAAUGUUGACAGGCAGCUGCUGAACAUCGAAAACAUCCCUGGUGGAUUCAAUGCUCUAAGUUCCAUAUAUCACGAUAUACAAGCACCUUUAAGUCAAAUGCGGGAAGAGGACACGAGCACAGACGAGGCAAAUCGUCGGUUUGCAGAGUUACUGGGUGCGCAACAACGAUCAUCAAGCGAGGGAAUCAACAACCAGGCUCUUCCAAAUCCCUGGGCGCCACCGCCAACCACAUCCCCUACUUCCAACUCUGCAUCCUUGCCCUCGUCACCAUUCACGGCACCAUUUGGAAAUCCUGCUCUUUUCAACUCCCUUAACUUCUUGCAGCCCCCGUCGACGGCCGCACCGAAUACACCGUCCUCAACUACCGCCCCAUCUCUUGCAGCACCACAUUUCGACUUUGGGAGCAUGAUGCAACAAAUCCAACAACUUCAGGGCGCAUUUCAGCCAUUUGAACCGCUGACAGCGUCAACGGCAGCGCCAGCUCAACCACAAGUCGAGCCACAGUCCUUGACUGAAUCACACGAAGAGCGGUUUGCCGAGCAAUUGAAUACAUUACGCGAUAUGGGCUUUGAGGAAAAAGAUAGAUGUAUUCGAGCCCUGCUUGCCGCCGGUGGCAACGUCGAAGCGGCGAUUGCAUACAUGCUUGACUCACCAUGACCAGCCCAAGGACCGCUCUAGCAUGGGCUUUGGAUGUACCUGCAGUUCACAGUGGAUAGUUGACGGCCUAUCUUUUAUGUAAAAGCAUCUAUUCCGCUUAUGUAGUCCGAAAGAUAUCUAAAUACCCUAUUCCCUUGUAACCCUGCACAAGUUUAAGCCCGCGAUCUACGCU